AUGUCAAUCCAAACCAGUGACUCCAGCUCCAGUGACUACAGUAAAGCGCUAUCGCUGAUCGCUGCUCAUUCGCACAUAUCAGGCUUGGGCUUGGAUGAACACUUGCAACCCAAGGCUUCAUCGCAAGGUAUGGUGGGACAGUCACAAGCUCGCAGAGCUGCCGGUAUUAUUCUGAAGAUGGUGCAGAAUGGUACGAUUGCCGGCCGUGCCGUCUUGAUCGCCGGUCCUCCAUCGACCGGUAAGACAGCUUUGGCGAUGGGGCUGUCGCAGUCGCUGGGCCAAGAUGUGCCAUUCACAGCCAUUGCCGGGUCGGAAAUCUUCUCCCUAGAGCUGAGCAAAACCGAAGCUCUCACACAGGCGUUCCGCAAGUCGAUCGGCGUCAAAAUCAAAGAAGAAACCGAGAUGAUUGAGGGUGAAGUGGUGGAGAUUCAAAUUGACAAAUCGAUCACUGGUGGCCACAAACAGGGCAAGUUGACGAUCAAAACUACAGACAUGGAGACCAUCUACGAGCUCGGCAGCAAGAUGAUCGAGGGGCUCACCAAGGAGAAGGUGUUGGCCGGUGACGUUAUCUCGAUCGACAAAGCCAGCGGGAAGAUCACCAAGUUGGGUAGGUCUUUCGCUAGAUCCAGAGACUACGAUGCCAUGGGUGCAGAGACCCGUUUUGUACAGUGUCCAGAGGGUGAACUACAGAAACGGAAAUCCGUUGUGCACACAGUGUCGCUACACGAAAUCGACGUGAUCAAUUCCAGAACUCAGGGCUUUUUGGCAUUAUUUACCGGUGACACCGGCGAGAUCAGAUCCGAAGUGAGAGACCAGAUCAACACUAAAGUAGCAGAAUGGAAGGAAGAAGGCAAAGCCGACAUCGUACCAGGGGUGUUGUUUAUCGACGAAGUGCACAUGCUUGACAUCGAAUGUUUCUCCUUCAUCAACCGUGCUUUGGAAGACGAAUUCGCUCCAAUUGUCGUAAUGGCUACGAACAGAGGUAUUUCCAAGACGAGAGGGACCAACUACAAGUCGCCACAUGGUGUGCCUUUGGAUCUACUUGACAGAUCUAUCAUCAUCACUACUCAAAACUACAACGAACAAGAGAUCAAGACUAUUUUGUCUAUUAGGGCCCAGGAGGAAGAGGUGGAAAUUGCAUCGGAUGGGUUGGACCUGAUGACUAAGAUUGGCACAGAAACAAGUCUUCGCUACGCUAGUAACCUGAUUUCCGUCUCACAACAAAUCGCUCAAAAACGUAAGAGUAAUACUGUCGAAGUCGUCGAUAUCAAGAGGGCUUACUUACUAUUUUUGGACAGCUCAAGAUCCGUGAAGUUUGUACAGGAACAUCAACCAAACUACAUUGAUGACCGUGGAUAUGUUCAAAUUGGUGGUAACGGAUUGAACAGCGUUGAUGUAAUGGAUACGGCAGCUUGA